GCUCAGAGGAAAAUGGCAGCAGGAAAUCACUCCACAGUGACUGAGUUCAUCCUCGCUGGACUAACAGAUAAAACAGAGCUCCAGCUCCCCCUCCUUCUUUUCUUCCUAGGAGUCUAUGUGGUCACAGUGGUAGGGAACCUGGGGAUGAUCACACUGAUUGUGUUCAGUUCUCACCUGCACACCCCUAUGUAUUAUUUCCUCAGCAGCCUGUCCUUCAUUGAUUUCUGCUAUUCCACUGUCAUUGCUCCCAAAAUGCUGGUGAACUUUGUGACAGAGAAGAACACCAUCUCCUACCCUGAAUGCAUGACUCAACUCUACCUCUUUGCUUUUUUUAUUAUAUCAGAAUGUCAUAUGUUGGCUGUGAUGGCAUAUGAUCGUUAUGUUGCAAUAUGUAAUCCAUUGCUUUACAAUGUCACCAUGUCUUAUGAGGUCUGCUCCUGGUUCGUAGUUGCAGUAUAUAUGAUGGGCUUGAUUGGCGCCACAGCUCACAUAGUUUGCAUGCUAAGAGUGGUUUUCUGCAAGGCUAAAAUAAUCAACCAUUAUUUUUGUGAUCUUUUUCCACUACUGGAGCUCUCCUGCUCCAGCACUUAUAUCAAUGAAAUGGUGAUUUUGUUCUUCAGUGUAUUUAAUAUUCUUGCACCAGUCUUGGCCAUCUUUGGCUCCUACGUCUCCAUCAUUGCCAGCAUUCUGCGAAUUAGCUCCACUGAGGGCAGGUCCAAAGCCUUCAGCACAUGCAGUUCCCACGUUUUGGCUGUUACAAUCUUCUAUGGUUCUGCAGCAUUCAUGUACCUGCAGCCAUCAAAUGUCAGCUCCGUGAACCAAGCAAAAGUGUCUUCUGUGUUUUACACCAUUAUUGUGCCAAUGCUGAACCCCCUGAUCUACAGCCUAAGGAAUAAGGAUGUCAAAGUUGCAAUAAAUAAAAUCAUUGAGAAAAGAUUAUUUUGCAAUGGCAAAGAUUUCUGAUUCUUGGAGAUUUAAUAA